UCUUCGCUGUCUCGACCUUUUCAAAUCAGUCUCACACGACUCAAUUGAAUAGACACAUAGUGAGAACAUGUGCUUAUAUAGGUACCUUAGAUAAUAGAUUAAAACCAAUUACGAUAAGUGGAUGUUUUUUUUAUCGGUUCAAGUCAACAAGAUUCUCCUUAAGAUGCACUGGAUGCGCUAUAUAAAAGCAAGCAUCGCGAAGUUGAAAUUCAUUAUUCUAUUUCUAAGGUGGACGAUCAGUGAUGUAAAAGAAAUUUACAAAUAAUUUUAAUGGCGCAUAAAAGUGAACGUUUUGUGGGAAAAGUGGCUGUUCUAACGGCAGCAAGUGAAGGGAUCGGAUUAGCAAUCGCUCGAAGGCUUGGUUUGGAAAAAGCCAAAGUGGUUGUGAGUUCGAGAAACAUAGAUAAAGUCAAUAAUGCCGUGGAGCUACUUAGAAAGGAAGGAAUCGAUGCAAUUGGUGUUCAGUGUCAUGUUGCAAAUGCAGAAGAAAGGAGAAACCUUCUUGAGGAAGCUGUAAAACAUUACGGAGGAAUUGAUAUUCUUGUAUCCUGUGCUGGUGUUAAUCCUCACUAUGGGUCCAUAAAUGAUUGCUCUGAAGCUGCUUUUAGUAAAAUCUUCGACUUGAAUGUUAAAUGUUCUUUUCUCAUUGCAAAAGAAGUUAUUCCUUUUAUGAAACUUCGUGGGGGAGGAGGUAUUAUUUUCCUAUCAACUAUUGUCGCUUAUAAAAAUGUUCAUCAACUUUCAUCUUAUGGAGCAUCAAAAAUCUGUCUAUCGGUACUAACAAAAGGAUUUGCCAGUGCUCUUGCUUCUGACAAUAUUCGAGUUAACUGCAUUGCACCUGGACCUAUCGAUACUAAAUUUAUGACCAAGAUAGCUACAACGCCGGAAUAUAAAAUUUGCUUGCAACAUGAUAUGCCAAUUAAAAGAAUGGGACGUGUAGAGGAAAUUGCAGGACCGGCAGCUUUCCUCUUGUCCGAAGACGCCAGCUACAUCACAGGGGAAACUCUCAUUGUAGCAGGAGGAAUUCAAAGUCGGAUUUAAACCUGAAUUUUCAGCUCACAUGAUGGAUCACAAAUUGAAUGACCUACAAGAUUUCUCAACAAGUUUCAUGAUCAAGAACGAGGGUGUAUGCAUAAUUUCAAAUAAAAUUGCAAUAAUAAUU